AUGGUGCUUUUAUUCAUUAACUCUUUUCCAUCUCCAUCUACUUACAAGUCUGAUCCCGAAGACCCGAGUGCUGCUGUACUCAAGGAGCCAUGGGAAAUGAAACGACAACGAAUUCAGGCUACUUCUCCUUGGGGUCAUCUUCCUGGUUGGCGAUUGACUGCCGCCAUCGUUAAGGUUGGUGAUGAUCUUCGUCAAGAGCAACUAGCUUAUCAGCUGCUGGCUAAACUACAGGACAUCUGGCGUCGCGAGCGAGUCAGCCUGUGGCUACGCCCACUUACUGUUGUUGUCACCUCUCCAGACAGUGGUUUUAUCGAACCUGUUCCAAACACCGUCUCUCUUCAUCAGAUCCGCCGAUAUGCUCGGCUUUCUCUGCUUGAUUACAUGCUCCGGGAGCACGGGGGCUACACGGUUUCGCCUUCGGCCGCUAGCAGCGACCGGAUAGGGUCUUCUGCAUCGAGUUCUGCCGCUUCGAUGACAGCCGUAGAAAUUGUUGAGGGCUGCUCGACCUCGUCGCCAAAGGCAACCAACGUGAAUGGGGAGCAUUCGGUGGCUUCUACUUUGCCAAGGAGUCAAGUCGACUGUGCGAGAUCGGAGGCAUUUCUAACUGCUCAGCGUAACUUUGUGCAGAGUUGUGCGGCCUACUGUCUUGUUAGCUAUCUCUUCCAAGUCAAGGAUAGGUGA